CUUUAACCUACAAUAUGGUGUUGUAGCUAAGAAUUUAUUAAUCUUGCAUAUAAUUUUAUGCAUUUAUUCGGAUUCAGUCAGAUAAAUAAAGAAGAGGAGAAAUUAAAUUGACGCGCUGUGACACAAUCAUAAAGAAAAAUGACAAGAACGUGUAUUGUGUGUAAAAAGCAACCUAUUCCGUUUAAUAUAUCUCGAAGUUUUCACAAUUUUCCCGUUAAUGUUGAAUUAAAAAAGAAGUGGAUGGAAGCUAUUGGUGUGACAACAGUUUGUAAGUCAGCCAGUAUAUGUAGCGACCACUUCUAUGAAGAAUCAUUUCAUCAGACUGAUAGAUAUACAACUUUGAGACGUUUAAUAUCAACUGCUGUCCCUUUUAAUCGAAACACUAAUCAAUUAUCUUUACCAAUUAACAACGUAUCUACUCAAGCACUUGGUAACAUAACGAAUCAUCAAGAUAUGACAAUAAGUGACGAAAAUACAUUUUCAACAAGUACGGAUACUAAUAACGGAGACAACUUUGAAACACAUGAUAAUUUAAGUCCCAGAAACAAUAAUAAAAGAAAAUCAUCUGUUGUCGACAUUCACCCAAAAAAAUUUGUUUUAUAGUCGAAGUCA